CAUCAAUGCAAUGUGAUGAUGAUGAUGACGAACAAAACAUGAAUAUCAUUUCAAAUAGUGAUAAUUCACAAUCGAUGAUACAUAAUUCUAGAAUAGCUAAGGGACAAGCAUUAGGGAUGUAUCGUUCGCUUGGACAACUAGGUCGUGCGGCAGGUCCAAUAGUGGCGUGCGGAUUAUAUUGGAUGGUAGGAUCUGAAAAAUGUUACGGGGCUGGUGCUUUUUCAAUGUUGGUGAUACUUGGAAUUGCGAUCGCUAAAGUUCCAUACAUUUCUACUAAGAAACCAAAAUCAGAAUGA